CGCUAGAACGAACACUUUUCAUUAUCAUGUUCCUGGCUUUAAAUCACCCUGAGGGUCAACCAAAGGGUCCCAUCCAGCCCUGAUUCGUGCCUGGCGAAAUCCUGUCCAAAAAUUCCGACGAGAAGGCUGGCCCCCCGAAGGGUAAAAAUCGCGCCGGAGGCUCCCUCCGGAUGACCGUUCAGUGCACUAGCACGCAAAUCAGUCAAGUUGUUGUUGUGAUAUGCCCCCCGACUGGGGACCGUGGACUUAGGCAAGAACUUUAAGGUCGUGGACUCUAGGAAACAGGUAGGUGGGUUCUCCAAAAUCCCUGAGGUCCUCCACAAAAUCAUCUGCAAUGUAAAUUUAGGAAGAACUUGCGAAUCCAUCAAUCCAAAAUCUCUGCCUACGAACAUUUUAAGGAUGUGUUUUAGUCCAGUAAAAUCAAGAUGGCGGACCAGAGCUGAUGGGCCAUAGUUUGGAUUUCUUCGUAGUUUCUAUUUUCUCUUCCUGGAUAUAUAAAUUUAGAUCACCUGCUACAAGCUUUGUGCUGCUGUUUUAUAAUUCUUCUUCUGCCACCUGUUCGUAAAAAAAUAUUAUACUCUUCCCAAGUAGAUCGUUUAGAUUCAGUAAAGAGAUUCGUUGAAGUGUUAGAGUUAGUGUCUGUGGUUUCUGAAUUUUGGUUGAAUUUUUUUUUCCAUCCGAAUCCUGCCUGCAUUUAUCCGAUCCAGAUUAAGAUUGGUGUUGAGGAAAGAAAAAAUUCGCUGUUUACAAAUAAUCUAUGCACCUGUUGAAUUAUGAAAAUGUAUGAAAAGAACAUCAGAUUCACCACCCUGGGGUCAUGUUUAUCGUGUUGUAAGCUCUCAUGAUGUAUGAGAUUUGACAGUUUGCCAGCUGAGAGGCGGCGGUGAUCGCUCGGCGAUGUCCUCCGGCGACGAGCAGUCGGACGAGGAGACGGUUCCUCUGUUCCGUCCUUUCACGAAGGAAUCCUUGGCCGCCAUCGAGGCCCGCAUAGCCGAGGCCAACGCUCGCAAGGCGGAGAGGGAGAGGCUCAAGGCCGAGGGAGAGAUCGGCCCGGACGGGGUGCCCGAACACUACUCCAUCCCGCACCACGAGGACAGGCUAGAGCCGGAUCCCAGCCUCGAAGUGGGCAUGCCCCUGCCCAGGGCUCUCGCGCCGGAUUUCCCUCCAGAGCUCAUCGCCACGCCCAUCGAAGACCUAGACAAGUACUAUGAAAACGAAAGAACCUUUAUGAUAGUUAGCAAAGGAAAAGACAUCUUUCGGUUUAGUGCUACCAACAGUAUGUUCAUCCUCUCCCCGUUUAACCCACUGCGUCGUGUUGCCAUCUACAUCCUGGUCCAUCCUGCCUUCAGCUUUCUAGUUAUUGUUACUAUUCUUGUAAAUUGUGUGCUCAUGACAAUGCCUAGCAAUGAUACAAUUGAAAAUACAGAACCAAUAUUUACAUCAAUUUACACAGUUGAAUCAUGCAUCAAAGUGGUAGCUAGGGGAUUUAUACUUGAAAAGUUCACAUAUCUUCGUGAUCCGUGGAAUUGGUUGGAUUUUAUAGUCAUUACCUUAGCAUAUGUUACUAUGGGUGUAGAUUUAGGAAAUUUGAGUGCGUUACGAACGUUUCGUGUUCUCAGAGCCUUAAAAACUGUAGCUAUAAUUCCAGGUCUCAAAACUAUUGUAGGAGCUGUUAUAGAGUCUGUCAAAAAUCUCAAGGAUGUCAUAAUCCUUACUUUAUUUUCCUUAUCAGUCUUUGCCUUACUGGGUUUACAGAUUUAUAUGGGUAUUCUGUCUCAGAAAUGUGUUGCUAUACCUCCUCCUGAUGUAAAUUUUUCUGAUUGGGAAUGGAGAAAUUGGACAUAUACGGAAGCUAAUUGGUUAAAAGAAGAUGAAAACUAUAUACUAUGUGGGAAUUCCUCAGGAGCCAGGCAAUGUCCAAAUAAUUCUGUUUGUUUACAAGGUGUUGGUCCAAAUCCAAACUAUGGAUAUACUACAUUUGAUAGUUUUCCGUGGGCUUUAUUAAGUGCAUUUCGUUUAAUGACGCAAGAUUUUUGGGAAAGUUUGUAUCAAAUGGUGCUAAAAACUGCAGGACCUUGGCACAUGUGUUUCUUUGUUGUUAUUAUAUUUUUGGGUUCGUUCUACUUAGUGAAUCUAAUCUUAGCCAUUGUAGCCAUGUCUUAUGAUGAGUUGCAGAAGAAAGCAGAACUGGAAGAAGAAGCAAUAGCUGCUGAAGAAGCUGCACUACAAGCUGCAGCUGAUGCAGCAGCGGCAGCAGAAGCAAAUCGGCUUGCUGAGCAGGAGGCUGCGUUGAAUCCUUCACCUCCCAAUGGCCCAGUGAAGAGUCCGUCUGGUUCCUCUUGCAGGUCUUACGAGCUCUUCGUGGGCCAGGAGAAAACGAUGGAUGAACGGGAUAUGAAAGAACGAGCAAGCAUCAAAAGUGAAACUGGAGAGAGCUCUGAAUCACGGUCCCACAUGAAUGGCAAAGUAAGGAAGUGGGCAGUUUUAAAAUGUCAUAACCACGAUCAGGCCAGCCUAAGUCUUCCUGGUUCUCCAUUUAACAUUCGCCGUGCUAGCCGGGGAAGUCAGUACAGCGUCAGCUGGCGUAAUGGCCGUCGCUAUGGUGACAGAAAACCCCUGGUCCUGAACACCUAUAAAGAUGCUCAGGAGCAUUUGCCCUAUGCAGAUGAUAGCAAAGCGGUCACUCCCAUGUCCGAAGAUGAUGGAGCCAUAGUUAUCCCUGUACAUUAUACAAACCUAACAUCACGGCACUCCAGUUACACAUCUCAUCUAUCCAGAAUAUCAUACACUUCUCAUGUGGAUGUAUAUAGCAGAGGUUUAACUAAAGAAGACCAGCUGAGGUCACGCUCAAGGAACAUACAAGCCCUCUAUUUUGAGGAUUCCCCAGAUUCUGAUGAAGGUUUGUCCAAAAAAACAAACGAUAGUCCAUUUUCAGAUCCUCACAGGCAGACUGUAGUUGACAUGAAAGAUCUAAUGGUUGUGAACGACAUUAUUGAGCAAGCAGCAGGGCGGCAGAGUAAAGAAAGCGAGAGAGUGUCCGUUUAUUAUUUUCCUACAGAAAGAGAGGAAUUGGAUAAGCCUCGCUUCAAAGAACGCUGCUUGGCGAAUUGCUUGAAGUGCAUAGACAUCUUCUGUGUGUGGGACUGUUGUGCUUGCUGGGUUCGUUUUCAAGAAAUUGUUUCACUAAUAGUCUUCGACCCCUUCAUGGAGCUCUUCAUCACCCUUUGUAUAGUAGUGAAUACCCUCUUCAUGGCCAUGGACCAUCACAACAUGGAUCCCUCUUUCGAGAAAUUCCUCAAUUACGGAAAUUAUUUCUUUACAGCUACUUUUGCCAUUGAAGCAGGCUUCAAAUUAAUAACAUUAAGCCCAAAAUAUUAUUUCUGUGAAGGUUGGAAUAUAUUUGAUUUCAUCAUAGUUGCUCUAUCUCUACUAGAAUUAGGAUUAGAAGGUGUUCAAGGGCUUUCAGUUCUCAGGUCUUUUCGUUUGCUUAGGGUCUUCAAAUUAGCAAAAUCUUGGCCGACACUAAAUCUUCUAAUCUCUAUCAUGGGCAAAACGAUGGGUGCUUUAGGGAACCUGACUUUUGUUUUGGGGAUUAUCAUCUUUAUUUUUGCUGUCAUGGGAAUGCAGUUGUUCGGAAAGAACUACGAUGAAAAGAAGCAUUUAUUUCCUGGAGGUGAAGUUCCAAAUUGGAAUUUCAAGGACUUCAUGCACUCUUUCAUGAUUGUGUUCCGUGUUCUUUGUGGCGAAUGGAUAGAAUCUAUGUGGGAUUGUCUGCUUGUGAGUGGUUGGACAUGCCUACCAUUUUUUCUUUCAACUGUUGUAAUCGGCAACCUUGUGGUGCUGAAUCUGUUCCUUGCCUUGUUACUGUCCUCCUUCGGUGCCUCUAAUUUAUCUCAAGCUCCAUCUGAUACUGCAGACACUAAAAAACUUCAGGAAGCAAUAGAUCGUUUUACUAGGGGAUUUCGUUGGGUUAAAAAUAUUUUAUUACAAAUUUUAAAGUCUAUCCGGGCCAAAUUCACAAAUCAAAUAGCUGACCAGGGAACAGAAAUGCGAGAAGAUCUUGGGGAUGAUACAAUCACAGGUGAGUUUGUUGAGGAUGGACAACUCCCCAUGAUGGAAAAAUUUUCCAAACACGUUACAGAUCUAGAAGUAGUUAUAGGAGAUGAAAUGGAAAUAUCUGUACAGGGAAAUGGCCAAGCUGUUCAGAUAAAGGAUAAUGAUAGACCAGCUAUGAAUUGUGUUCCUUUAGGCACCAAAAUUGAAAAACCUAUCGUCAAAAUGAAUAAUACAAAGGAAGGUGAGGUCACUGUCAACAACAAAAUUUAUCCCAACAACGGAGAGGAUAACAACAAAUCGGAUGUGAUCGAGAAAGGGCUCAUCGUUGCUAAAAUUCCUAAAGAAUCCAGUGACUUGUCUCUUGAUAGUGGGGAAGAGAAGAAGGACAGCAGUAAGGAGGACACAUACAGUACAGCUUCUAUUCUUACAGGUGAAUGCGAUAUGAUGGGCGAUGAGGACAAACUCGAAGAUGCUGUAGACACGGACAAAAUUGAAACGGCACUCUCCGAGGAUCACAUAGUGCCUGAAUAUCCUGCAGACUGUUGUCCUGAUUGCUGUUACGACCGAUUCCCUUUUUGCUUGGGGGAUGACGGCCUCUGGUGGACCCGGUGGAAGGAAGCACGACGGAAAAGCUACAAUCUAGUUGAACAUAAAUAUUUUGAAACUUUAAUUAUUACCAUGAUUCUCAUCAGUAGUUUAGCUUUGGCUGCCGAAGAUGUAAAUCUUUGUCAGAGAGAAUGGCUUCGAGUUUCACUUGUGUAUAUGGACAAAAUUUUCACAGUUCUUUUUCUUUUUGAGAUGUUGCUCAAGUGGUUGGCGUUUGGCUUCAAAAAAUAUUUCACAAAUGCAUGGUGCUGGCUUGACUUCGUUAUCGUUUUGGUUUCAGUGGUUAAUCUUGUAGCCGGUAUGUUUGGGGCUGCAAACAUCCAAGCCUUCAAGACGAUGCGUACACUCCGUGCUCUUCGGCCUUUAAGAGCCCUAUCGCGCUUCCAGGGGAUGAGGGUGGUAGUAAAUGCCUUGGUCCAAGCCAUCCCAGCCAUUUUCAACGUUCUUCUUGUGUGCCUCAUAUUUUGGUUGAUAUUUGCAAUCAUGGGUGUGCAGUUAAUGUCGGGAAAAUUUUAUUCCUGUAAGUUUGAAGACGUUCGAGUGAACGUUUCAGUCGCCGCUAACAAAUCUAUGUGCUUAGAGAAAAAUCUCACUUGGUUUAAUCCGAAGAUUAACUUCGAUAAUGUGUUGAAUGCCUACCUUGCCUUGUUUCAAGUGGCGACUUUCAAAGGAUGGAUUGACAUCAUGAAUGCUGCCAUAGAUUCGACUGGUAUCGAUCAGCAACCGGAGAGCGAAUCUACCAUUUUCAUGUAUCUUUAUUUUGUGCUUUUCAUCAUUUUUGGCUCAUUUUUCACUCUCAACCUAUUCAUUGGAGUCAUCAUAGAUAAUUUUAAUGAACAAAAACGAAAGGCAGGAGGAUCCUUAGAGAUGUUCAUGACUGAAGAUCAAAAGAAAUAUUAUAAUGCCAUGAAGAAAAUGGGCUCUAAAAAACCUGCCAAAGCUAUUCCCCGACCUCAAUUUAAACUUCAAGCUAUUGUUUUCGACCUGACGACGAACAAGAAAUUCGACAUGGCUAUCAUGAUCUUCAUCUGCCUAAAUAUGUCUGUGAUGGCUAUGGACCAUUAUGACCCCACACCUCUUUUUGAUACCAUCCUUGAGCGUCUCAAUAUUUUUUUCAUCGCUAUUUUUACUGCUGAAUGUGUGCUCAAGAUUUUCGCCUUGCGCAUGUAUUAUUUCAAAGAACCAUGGAAUGUCUUUGAUUUUGUAGUUGUAACUUUAUCUAUAUUAGGUAUUGUUCUCAAGGACUUGAUAGCAAAAUAUUUUGUUUCUCCUACUCUUCUUCGAGUAGUCCGUGUUGUAAAAGUAGGCCGUGUUCUGCGAUUGGUGAAAGGUGCCAGAGGUAUUCGAACAUUGCUUUUCGCACUCGCCAUGUCACUUCCUGCCCUCUUCAAUAUUUGCCUUUUACUUUUCCUCGUCAUGUUCAUCUACGCUAUAUUCGGAAUGUCUUUCUUCAUGAACGUUAAGCAUCGCGCAGGGGUGGACCAGAACUUCAACUUCGAGACGUUCGGUCAAUCCAUGAUACUGCUGUUCCAGAUGUCGACAUCUGCUGGAUGGGAUGGUGUGCUGGCCGCCAUCAUGGAAGAGGAUGACUGUGACAAGCCUUCGGGCAAUGCGGGGGAGGAUUGUAGUAACGGCAACACCGGAAACUGUGGCAGCAGAAACAUUGCAGUAGCUUACCUAGUUUCAUACCUCAUUAUUAGCUUUCUAAUCAUCAUAAACAUGUACAUUGCCGUCAUCUUAGAGAAUUACAGUCAGGCCACUGAGGACGUUCAGGAGGGCUUGACUGACGACGACUACGAUAUGUACUACGAGAUUUGGCAGAACUUUGAUCCGGAGGGAACUCAAUUCAUCAGGUAUUCGGCUCUCAGCACCUUCUUGGACACUCUCGAAGAACCGCUACAAAUACCCAAGCCGAACAAGUACAAAAUUAUUAGUAUGGAUAUUCCUAUAUGUGAGAACGACCUCGUCUUCUGCGUGGACAUUCUGGAUGCGCUGACGAAAGACUUCUUCGCCAGGAAGGGCCACCAGAUCGAAGAGACGGCAGAACUCGAGGUGGUGGUGCCCAAAGAGAGGGAAGGCUACAAACCCAUCAGCAGCACGUUUUAUAGACAGCGCGAGAUAUACGCUGCGCGUGUUAUACAGACAGCCUGGAGGCGAUACAAGGGCAGGAUCGGAGAGCCGUGCCAGCAGCAGACUGCCGUCGUCGUGGAGAGUGACGGUCACAUGACAAAAAAUGGUCACAAAGUCGUGAUCCACUCACGAUCGCCCAGUGUGACCAGCAGAUCGACCGACGUGUGAUAAAAUAAAAAAAUAAAAAAAAAACAGAAAAUAAAUACUUAAUAUUAUGCGAUAUGGACAGCUAUAAAUAAUAAUUUAAUCAAAUAUAACAACAAAAAAGUUUGCUCUGUUUAGAAAAGUGCUUGUUGGUGAACGUUAAGUAUAACUGCUUCAGGCCUAUAUUUUUAUAUCCUUUCCGCAGACUUCGGUAGCAGCGCACGUGGUUCAUGUGCUUAGUUUAAGGAGGCGGACGGGUUUUCAGUUUCAGAUAGAUUAUUUUACUUAAUGUAUUUUUUUCACAAGAAAAUGUAUACCCGAAGAAUAAUAAACGCAACGCCGCAACAACAACAACAGAAAUAUUAUAUAUCAUUUGGUUGCUUCGAAGCUCAGAACGAGUGCGUUUCUAAAAAACAAUAAAUAAAUAAUUAACCAGCAAAAAAUCAGUACUCGGAAGUUUCGGGAAGAAUUUUAUUUUCUGCCUAUUUUAAAUAAUGCAAAAGAUAAAUUAUGUGUUGCCACUGAGUUGUGUAUAAAAAAACGAAGAAAAAGUCUCUACAAUCUGCCAUUUGUUACUUGUUAAAUUUUCUAAGAUCGUUUAUAGAUGUUUAUAAAGGUUGAUAAAAAAAAGUUAUUGCGGUAAUCCGAGUGCUGAAAAGAGCCGACGCUAGAGUAUAUGAAGAGAAGCAUUUAUGUAUAAAUCGCUCUUUUCCUUGGAAACUCACUUUUCGUGAAUAACAAAGCCUGUUAACAUUUACUCUUUGCAGUGCACACUUGAAGUUGAUCCUACAGGGUGUAAAGCUGAAAAGAUAGUUCACAUAAAAUCUGAAUAGGUUAUUUGUUUGUUGCUUAGGAAGUUUUACAUCAUGUUCAACAGACAAAAGUAUUUAUACAAAGGGCUUCUAAACAUUCAAUUCUAAACAAAAAAGAAUAAGCAUAGCUUUUCAUUCGCCCCUACGCACCAUUUUUUGAUCCUCCUUUUCGAGUAAAUCAGCUUAAAAUUUAUAUUUUUUUUAAACAGUGAAAAUCAACAGAUGCUUGUAUUGUUUUUUAACCAUUGUACAUGAAGUAAAUCAACUUUUUAAUUUUUGUCAAUCGCAGAAUGUCAUCUUGUUAUAAUUCACUUUAUUUUGUAAAAGAUUUCAUAAUUUUUAAUAUUUGUUAAUACGAUUUCCCAAAACAAACCAUUUUCAAUACAGUCCUGUAUAUACUAUCCUCAAAAAAUAAUAAUUGUAAACAGUUAAAUUUGUAAGAAGUUUAUUACUUCAGCAUUAGCUAUCAAAAUUUAUUUCUGUGAAGAAUUUACACAAACUGAUAUUAUAUGGUAAACAAUUUGCUGUUGUUUUACAAAGUUUGAAAUAAGCUUUUUUUUAAACAGUGGCAUUGCACACUCAACAGAUAGCUUGUCACUCACUGCAUCUAUUAAAUAAUAGUCCUUAGUGACUUACUGCAUUAUCACAUAGAGCUUUUCAGGUUUAAAAAAAUUAUAAUAUUAAUAAAUAAAGUGUCGUGCUAAUACAUUUUAUGAAGGAUACAGUCAACUUUUCUGUAUCGUCUUAUUUACAAUUCCAAAGACAGAAGUGAAAUUUUUAUUUUUCACUUUUAAAAAACAAAAAGUAUUAAAAAAUUCAUUUUACAAAAAUUACAUAUCACGACAACAUUCACGAAAUUUAUGUGCUGGAAAAAAAAUAGUAAUAAAAAUCACAUUUUUUAUACUCACUGUAUAUAUUCCAAUUAAAACAUUAAAUUAGAGACCAAAAUUUCUGAACCUCUAAUUACUAGUUUUAAUUGUUUGUAUUGAAAUUAUUUUGUCAAUUUCUACGUAAAAUUUUAUUUAUACGACAGCAAAUUAGCGUAUAUUUUUUGAUGUCAGUUUUUUGAAAUACAAUUGAGAAUAGCAUUUCAAUAAAUUUACUACACCAAAAUUUAAUUACUAAUCCUGUACUGUUUUUAAACACAGAAAAAUUCUGUGAUCUGUAAUUAGUUUUAAAUGAACGAACAAAAAACAAUUUCUAAAGAAGUGAAUUUUGUAGAAAAGUUGACUGUAUACCUAUCUUUCCGGUCUUUGAACAUGUAAAAUAGGCCCUUGUUUCGUGUGCAAAAAAUCUGCUUUUUCUACAAUUUAUCAAACGCCCUGAAAGCCAAUCUGGAAUCCUCUAGGCUAUCGGAGAAUUCUGUUAUUUACUAUCUAGUGGCCCGGUGCAAAUUCCAAAAGCUUGGAUCUGUAUCGAAAGUUGUAACUUUAACUGCAGCGAAGUCGCGUUACCCAAUAGGAGAAGCACUGCAAGACUCCUAUAAAAAAAAGAUUUCAGUUGUGAUGUGCCUUUCUCAGUUAUUACUGUUGGUUUUUCUCUCGGAGAUUUCUUAGUUAUCAUCCAGCUUCUUAAUUCACAUUUCUAAUAAGCUAGAUUUCUGUAUAUUUCUUAAGAAAGAUGUAACGAAAACUGUAUUCUUUUUUUUGAAACAAAGGCCCUUUCGCUUUUUAUUUUUGUUCAGAAAAUCACGAUCAAAUGCAAGGCACGCUUUGUGGAAAUAUUAGGGGUUUUUUUUUGUGUGUGUGGAAAUAUUAUUUAAUUGUAAAGUAUCAUUUAAAUUCCUCUGAAUAUUUAAUGUUACAAGAAAGCAGCACUAUGAUUGAGAAGAAAAUUGUAAUUUAAAGAUCUGUAAGGUUUCUUUUAAAAGUAGGCGAACAUUUUACUUCGAGUAAGCAGUUAAUUGAGUGUACACAAAUUCAAAUUCCAAUAAAAUUACUGUGUAUAAAAAAUAAUGUUAAAGAAUGCUUAUUUUAAAAUAUAUAAUGAAUUGACUUUUUGGUUACAAUCAAUGUAAUCAAAUUAGUUGCUAUUGCACUCAUUUUAUUUACUUCUGUAGCUUUCUUGCAACAACAACAACAAAAAAACAUGCAAAAAUUUUCAUACUAGAGAAUGUUUUAACUGAUAUAUUAAAGUAUAUUGAAAAUUCCAAAAAGUUGCUUUUAAAAAAAAUUGUAACAAAAUGAUCAUAAGCAUUUGUUGUAAUAAAUAAGAACGUCAACUUGGCGUUGAAAGUAAAAAGAGAGAGAGAGAAAAAAAAAGGCGCCAGAUCCUUUGUUUCAAAAAAGAUAGCAACACCAACAACAAAUGCUCUGUCACUCAUGAGCUUUCUGUGUUUGAUUUUUAAUCAGAAGAAAAUGUAUGAUGUUCAGUGCUGCUUACUUAUUAAGAGCUCAAAGUUGUGCAAAUAAUUUUCAUCAAACUACUCUGUUACCACUCCGCGUGGCAACCGUUUUGUCCAGUCAUUCAGUGUUUUCUUCUCGAAGGUAUGAUACGAAUGACUCUCAACACUGUUGUUCUUACCUACAGAUAAUUAAUCGGACUCGGUUUAAUUUUCCUGCCAACAUUCAUUUUGAUUCACCACUCUUCUCGACAUGAUCAGUUUGCUGCAUGUAAAAUUCGCCGCCGAGUCUUUCUGCCAGCUAGUCCAUUAUUAGAAUUAUGAAUACUAUUGCUACUACGUUUUCUGCCAGCCAAUGUUAUGAUCCUCCACUGCUGCCUCAAUAUUACUUAACCGUCUCUUCUUGUCCAAUGGUAAUUAUUGCUGCCAAACGUCCUUCAACAGCAGCUUCUGGCCGAAUAUUUUGCAUCACCUGUAAACAUGCCACUUUCAAUUCUGCCAUAAAGAUUAGAGUAACAAAAUAAUUAUUAAAAAAAAAGAGUCAUUGUGUUUAACUACUGCACUGGACUUCUGACCACAAUCCCUCGACCGAACGCGGGCAACUUGAAGGGCACAUCUCUUCAGAGAAGUGGAGCAGAUUUUCAUGUUAAAUGAUGCAGUUUUAAAACCUAAAAGUGAAUUAGAGGGAAUUAUUUAAAUUUUUAAAAAAAUAAAUCCGUGAAGUACAUUUCAACAGUGGAUGCAUCUUGGAUUGAUUAGAGAUUAUCAGACAAUCCAAUGAACUUCUGAAUAUCCUAUCUGUACGAUAUAGUAGAAAGAAUUGUUAAUUGUUAGUCAUAGAUUGAAAGAAAUGUUGUGUCAUUAAAAUCAAAGAUGAAAUUAAGCUGAAGAUGAUAGGAAAGAAAUUGAGUUAGGAAAACUUAGUGAAUGAAGUGGUAUCUGAAUGGAAAGUUAUAAACUCCAAAUACUUGGGAAAUAGAAUAUUAUUUCCCCAGAACACUGUAUAAUCUGAUUCCGACACUGAAUAGAUAUUUCUCCAUUAACAAAAGCUUAAUCGUUGCCAAGAUGAAAUAUUGGUAUUAUUCUGUUUUGGAGCCAAUAUUCAUCACUCUCUCUAAAAUUUGGCGACGUUUUGUUAGGAUUUGGCAGACUUUGCUUGAGUUCCGAAUCACGGAAAAUAACCACUUAGAAUAUUAUAAUCAGUGGUGUAGUUAAAAUCCUAGUGGAGGUGAGUAUGAGGCUCGUGGUUUUUCUCAUAUAUACUCGCCAAUUACCUUUGAGAAUUAUAUUUUUAAAUCUAGAGAAUUAAAUAUAAACUAGUUGCUCUUCAUCGAUUAUUAAAAUGGUUAUAUCAUUAUUAAAAGUUAAAUAUAUUAUUAUUUGAGAACUCUAAUCUAAAUAAAUGCUUAGCAGAUAGAGUUUCCUAAUUAUUAUUAAUGCAAGUUUUAAAAAAUACAUCUGCUACAAGUGCUAUAAAAUGUUAUCCAGCAUACGCUGUAGUAGUCUGCUUGUUUUCGUCUUCCUCUUCAAAUUUAAAAUAAAUAUGCUAACUGACAUAUUUGUAUAUAUAACCUUAGUGCUUUAUAAAUGUGAUGUUAUUAAGUAAAAUAAUACUUCUAGCAAUAAAGUGAAUAAUUUAAAUGGAUAAACUGAAUGAAUAAAAACUUAACCUUAGUGCAGGAGCGAAACGAUGUUAUAAAGGAUUACAAUUUUCUAUUAAAAAGUUAAUUAUUCGUGUUAUGUGAUAAAUCUAGCCGAUGAAGCGUAGUACAUUCUUAUUUUAAAGAUAAUUUAUUCUUUGGUCGCAUUUCAUCAAUGACAAAUGACAUUUUAAUCAAUAAAUAAUUCAUAUGAAUAAUGAAAUACUACAUUAUUUUUUAUCUAAUAAUAAAUCAAAAACAUUUUAAAUCAUUAAAAACUUGCAAAAAAUCAUUUAUAUUGAAAUUUAAAAUUUUAAUUAAAAAUGACUGUUUAGUAUAGAAUUAAUUAGUUAAAAAUAAUAAAUUAUCAGUUAUCUGUGUACAUCAAUUUAUUAGUUUAAAUUACUAAUUUUAUUCAAAAAUAAUUAUUUAUUUCGUAAAUAAAAUUUUUAUCGAAAAUUGUCAAAGAAUUUUAAGAGGGACUAUGAAAAGUUUAACAGAAUAUAGUUUUGCUUAAAGUUUGAUUAAUCAAUGAAAUCAACGAAUUUUAAAAUCGUUCCGUAUUCGUUACAUGUACGUUUCCAUUUGCUGGAAAACGUGUUUUGUACGUCAUAGUGACGAAUUAAAAGAUACUUGGUAGGUAUGAAACAUAAUGGUUUGGAUAGCAGUUAACUUCUUUUGGCAAGUUGAAGUACUUUAGGGUAUUUAUUUGAAAAAUAAAUUAUUGGUAUAAAUAAUAUAAUGCUAUUAAACAAUGCAAACUUUAUUUAAAAUAUUACUCUGCAAAAAAAAAAAAAAAAAAAAAA